UUUUAAUUUAGAGUACAACAUAAAGUUCAUAAAGUAUAAAUCCUGAGAUGCACUUGUAUGUUUUAAUCAAAUGGAUAAUAAUUUAGUGGUGGUGGAUCAUAUAAGGGCGAGAAAAAAACUGGGAGUGGAUAGAAUUAGAUGAUGGGUUUUAGGUAAAUAAGUAAGUCAUUUAUACAUGUGAGUAUAAUGCAAAGAGAAUGAAAAAAGGUAAAUGGAUAAUUGUAUUUUGGGGAAAUAAUAUGUAUGUUUCAUAUAAAUAUAGGGUGAUAAUAUUUAAGUAGUGACGGAUCAUAUGAUUAUGAGAAGGGCUAGAAAAAGAUUUGAACAUGGAUAGAAUUAGAUAAAGGGUUCGAUUAUAAAUAAGACACUUCUAAGGGUCAAUACAAUUUGAAGGGUAAGAAGGCAGGUAGAUGGGGUAUUAUAUAGAAAGAAAUAUAAAUGUAAAUAAUGUAUAAGUAUAGGAUUGUAAUAAUAUUUUAGUGCUGGUUGAUCUUAAGGUUAAUAGUAGGAUAAAAAAAAGAUUGG